UAAGUAUAAGCUGCAGUUGCAAGCAGCAGAUCCCAAUCCAACUCGAGCAAAAGCUCCUAAACCCUAAGGAGAGAGCCCUCGCCGUCGCCGGAAGGACCAGACAGCUUCGCCGUCGCCUCCUCCCCUCCUGGGUCCUGAAGCAAAGCACAAGUUUUUCAGGUUAAACUGAGGCAUAACGCAGAAAGCAAAGAUUUCCUUUAGGUUUUUGUCAUGGAUCAGAAUGUUGGUGCUGUUCAUGGAGAUAACCAUGCGUUCCACAAUGAGUUACGUAGAUCUCUAGUACAUCUGGUUUCCUUUCAACCAGGAAAUGAGAAGCCUUUUUCUGUCGCUGCCAUUCCUAUUGUGUCAGUUAAUGGAUUUUGCUAUAUGAUAUCACAUAGCAAAGUGUUCCGUCAACAAGAUGCGGCCAACUGGCAACAUAGAGUCAUUUUUCCUGAUGAAAUUAUAGUGAUGCUUAGAAUAGAAGAUGUAAUAAUACAAGGAUCUCUGGCAGCAUUUUCUGUUAAUACAACUGCGGAACUGCCAAAUCCAGUAAAAUUCAGUGAACAACAGGUUUCACACAAUCAGGAAGUUCAUACAGUUAAUUUUGAAGGGGUGAUGGAGCCAAGCCUGUUAGUUCGUGGCCGUGUAACGCAUGUAGAUCAAACAGCCUUUUUCCAUGAUUGCACUCCCGGUUCAUUUACUGCACUUGGAUCGCCGGUUUUUAACGAGCGAAGUGAGCUUGUUGGCAUAUGUUGUCGUAAUGAUGGUGUUAUUGGAGCACUCAACAUGAACAGAAUAGCAGAACUGCUUUCAGAAAUCAAUGAAGACAUGGUGAACAUGUCACUAUCUCAGAUUGUGCAGCAUUUGGAGGCAGCAAACCAAGGAAAUUGAAAUGCAUUUUUCUUCUUGAAAACACAAGGGGAGAAGGACUGCAGUGGGGAGCCAUGCUGGCUGCUAAACAAGGUGGCAGGUGAAAUGUUCAACACAAAGUUCGGUUGGAGGUUUGGGAGUUGGGACUCCCAAGACUGGAAUUAGGAAGGAGGGGAAUGGCUGCUGAUGGAAGAUGCUGUGGAAAAGCUACACUCAAGUUGAUCGGGCGGUUAGGAAUCUUUUGUUCUUUUGGCAGGGAUGGAAUUUUGCUUCGUUCUGCAAAACGUUUUUGGUCUGCCUGUAGACCAUCUAGCCGUUGGCGUCUGUGUUUUCAGAUUCUGAACCUUCUUGGCGAUAGGGCCUUAGCUGUUAUUUUCUUCUUCUUUCCUUUGCUGUUCUUUUUCAGUUGUAAUGAACUCUUGCAUGCCAUUUCUUUAAGGGUUAAUGGAAUCCUUACCAUUAUAAA